AGGAGCUGGCGGGGAGCCCUGGACCCUCUGGUCCCAGCCAGAUUUCCUGGCCAAACGCGGGAGGAGAGAUGCCUUGGACUGUCCUGCUUUUUGCAGCUGGUUCCUUGGCCAUCCCAGCACCAGCCAUCUUCUUGGUGCCCCCCUACCCAAAGAGCCAAGAGGACCCCAUCCACAUCUCAUGCACAGCCCCCAAGGACUUCCUGGGGGUGAAUUUCACGCUGUACCGAGAGGGACAGAUUGUCCAGCUCCUGCAGGCCCCGGCCAACCAGCUGGGGGUCACAUUCAACCUGAGCAGCGGUGGCACGGCUUCUGGAGGGAAAUUCUGGUGCCAGUACAGUGUGGUGGGCGAGCACAGCCAGCCCCAGCUGUCGGACCUCAGCCAGCCGCUGCACGUCUCCUUCCCAGUGCCCACCUGGAUCCUGGCCCUCUCGCUGAGCCUGGCUGGAGCCCUCCUGCUCCUCACUGGUCUGGCUGCUUUGGCUGUGGUGGUCAGGAGAGUGAAAAUAAAAAAUUUACAGAGAAAACGAGAACAGGAAUCCUGUUGGGCCCAGAUUAACUUCACCACCUCAGACAUGUCCUUCGAUAACUCCCUGUUUGCCAUCUCCACGAAAAUGACUUCAGAAGAAGACCCAGCAGCCACCCUAGAUGCUUGCGCUGGCAAUUGUGGGCCCCGAAAGAGGCCCACCUCCACAUCAUCCUCACCAGAGCCCCCAGAGUUCAGCACUUUCCGGGCCUGCCAGUGAGGCUGAGGAUUGGGGAACACUUCUAUUCAGCCCUGUCCCUCCACCUGCCUGGGCCUUUCGGGGGCCUGAGGUUCCUUCAGCUACUUCAGGGGUGACAGGGGUUUAUGUUCCCUGGCUGCUGCCUUCUCAGGGAGUUGAACAGAGAUGAAGGGGUCCUCUGGCCUUGGGACCUUGCUCAUAGAAGAGUGGGAGAGGGGGUGAAGGCAAUGGCAUGGAGGCUGAGCCCAAAGCAGGAAGCCCUUCUAUGGAUUCCUCCUUCUCAAGACCAUCAGGGAAGAUGUCUGGAUUACUUCUGGCCCUCCAGCUGGGCAUAAGAGGUCCACACUCUCCACGCUGUGACCCCAGUUCUUCCAUUCUCAGUCACUCUGAUUCAGGUACCUGACUUCCCAACUGGGUUUUUGAGCUCAGGUUUGGGGGGGUGUUCUGUGUGUUCCCCUUUUGGCAUGCCUAAGUUAUUAAUUAUAACACAUGUUGAGGUGUUCCCAAGGUCUUUCUGGUGUGUAAUCCUUCAAACCUGGGACCUUCGGCAUCCAACUCUUGGACAGCUGAGGGUGGUAGCAUGCCCAAAUCCAUGAUGUUUAAGGUACCCCUGAACUGAGUCAGAAUGGUGUAGGAGACCUA